GUGUUGAUGACAUGGAGAGUGGCUCACGCCGCAAACAGCUGCGUCCAGCGCGAGUCGACGACGACGACGAGCGGCGGCUGUCGCCAACCGUAAGCCGAUCUACCGUAAUCGCUACCGAAAUGUGCGCUAAACCCACUAAUGGGACGAGUUGCACACCUGCCCUCGAUGACGUCACACAACCGAUGUUCGAUCUUAAUGUGAAAUCGGAAGUGGACGAAGAAACCGGCGUUGAGAUGAUGUCUGGUGAAACGCGUGGACCAUAUCCGGUGAAAGAGUUACGGAUAUCCAACAGCGAAGCAGAAAACGCCAUUACGCUAAUGGAUCAACUUGGCAAUCAACAUUACUUUGAUGUGGAUUCCAUCGACCCUAUCAUCAAACGCAUCAAGCCUUGUCCAAACGCCCUCGAGGCCAACUGCAUCGUUUUUCACGUUGAAUCACUCAUUCAAAUAUUGAUUACGCGAGAUGUGAAACGUGGUGAAGAUUUGGUGGCAAUUUUUUUGCCCCAGCAACAACCAUCUACAGCCUCAGAAGAUACCACUGAGAAAAGAUAUCCAUGCCCCAAAUGCCACAUCGCAAAGUUCAACAACAUCGACAACCUUUCCGCACAUCAAAAAUUCUACUGCAAAGGAAAUCAACGCGUGUUGAUAGCAGCACCUCCACCGUCUUUUUUGCCAAGUAUCAAUAGACAGACGGGGAUCGCACCGCCGAAUGUAAUUCUGGUACCGAUCGCUUAUCAUGAUCAUCAGCAUGAGAUGGUCCAGCUCCUCGGACCACCUCAGACUAUCGUGCCAGUGGCCAUAGGACGACCCUCUGUAGCACCGAAUGGAGUUCCACAACUGGCCAUACCUAUUACAGAACCACUCAUAGUGCAAAGAAGUCUCUGUGGGGCAGUGCAACCGCCUCCACAACUAAAAUUUGCCAUUGGAGAUUUGACAGUUACCAUUCCAGUACUUCCUGUGGGAAUGAGUGGACUGACUGGCCUAAAGCGUACUAUUGAACGACCCAUAUCAACGCCUCUAGAUUUAUCAAAGAGAAGAAGGGAAGAUUCUGGAAGCUCCGGCACCACCACUCCAGGAAAUUCAGUUCGUACUUCUCAUUCGGACAUGGAGAAGCCGUUCCUUUGCGCAUGUGGUGUGUCAUUCUCAGCGGAUGAGACACUAAAAGCUCAUAAGCAGUACUACUGUAAAAUGGUGGAGAGAAGAGAUGACAAUAAAGAGCCACCGAAAAAGAUCAAAACUCGAUGCAACCAAUGCGACUAUGAACCCGGUUCGCUUUCACAACUAUCCGUACAUGUGCGUACAGUCCAUAACGAAGUGCAAGCAUAUGUGUGCCGACUCUGUGGCUACCGUGGAUUCAGUCUGCGAGGAAUUCGAAGUCAUAUGAGGUCACACACCGAGCUUGAUGCCAUGAAAUUCGAAUUUCUCCUAGCAAAUCAUAUCUCGAAAGUGAAGACAGAGAGAAAAAGCCCGGAUAAUCAAGAAAACUUGGAACAAGACACCUAGGACAGUGUUAUUGAGAUCUCGCAAACUCUUACUUCUUUGUGUCAGGCCAUGGGGCCAAUACUAACGGUGAUUAUGUAUGCUUAUGUGUCGGGUCUGUUUUUAGCAGUGAGGUGGAUCAAGGCGGCGUUAUAAUAUUCAAAUUAUAAAACAACCAGAAAUAAUGUGUGAUCCCGGCGCAUCGAUUUUCUUGCUAUCGGGUUUGUAAAUCGCUGUUUUUGUGAAAUUCUGCUACUACUAUGUUACGUCUUUGUAUAGCGUUACAUCAUUGCAGAUAAUAAAUAUAUUUGUACCCUCGGUGGUCG